CGUUUGUUUUGUUUGAGUUGUAUAGUCUGUGCAAAGGUGCUGUGUCUGAGGCAUCUGAGGUCUGAGGUGUAAACUGUAAAUGAAAUAAAACGGAAUAAAAUGAGUCAACAGGGCGACAGUAAUAACAAUAAGGAAUUUCUUGUUGUGGAAUUUCCCCAUGAAAUUAAAAACGGUGUGACCCCAAUGGCAAUAGUACCAAAUAAUUGGAUAAUUGUUGACAAUUUGGGCAACCUUCAAUGCUUAUGGCCAAAUCUGAAGACAAAUAAUGAAUUUGCUAAAGCUGUAUGCAAUAAAUUACAAAUUGACAAGAAAGAUUGUCAAGUUUGUGCUAUCAAUAUCAAAUACAAAACAAAUUUAUAUGAAAGAGCAACAGAAAAGUUGAGAGAACUCGAACAGCUCUUGUCAAGUCAGUCAUCUGGACCAACAUCUGACGAAGAAGAAUUGAAUCAAAAGAGGAAAGUAAAAAGAAAUCGAAAAUAUAUUUCUUCUUUAUCAGAUGAUGACUCUGAUACAGAAAAUAUUCCCAAGAUACCAGAUGUUCCUAGCAAGCAAAAUGCACUCGACAAGAAAAGUGUCAGAUCUGAUAUGAAGAAUACUACAUACAGGAGUUCUGAAGUGACUCAAAAUAUUGAUAUUUCAUCAGAUAUUGAUCCUAAUUGUGAUGCUGACGUCAUUCCGGCAAUGCCAAUUUUUUUUACAAAACACUGUAGAAGUAUCCAAUCAAGAAGUUCUGAAUCAUACAGAAAUUCUGAAAGACAUGCUGACCAACCCUCUCCACGUCUAGUUAGAAUACCAUCAGCUCAACAGACUAAUAAUUCAUCAAACUACUCAAAUGUUCCAGGGAAAGUUUCAUCAUCAGAUAUUUCAGGUUCAGUUGACUUAGAUUCUACUAUAACUAAUGAAGUGGAAGUUGAGCCUAUCAUUACAUUCAGUCAGUUGAAUAAAUGUUGCCAAAAAACAGCAACAAUGGUUAUGAAACUAAUUACAAAGGUAGAAAUAAUGUCCAAGGAUUUACAAUAUAUCACCUACAUGCUGGAAAAGAUGAACCAUGAACCAACUAAAAUGGAUUCAGACAAUCCCUAUCUGAAGGAUUUACCUGCCAUGGAAUAUGGUCAUUUGAAAGAAUUCAAUGAUGUACUAGAAGGAGAAGAAGUAUUCAUGAAUAUAUGUGCUCAGUAUAGUGGUAUAGGAGGUAGAGAUUUAGGUGAUUGUACAAGGAGGCUAUUGAAUAAAAUCCUCUCACAUCGCUUGACACUCGAAAUGAAUUGGUCAGGAAGAAAUGAAAAGAAGUGUUUCAAAGAACAUGUCAAUAUUCGGAAGCUAAUUUUAGCUGUUGUCAGAAAAUACUUCAAAAAUGCAACAGAAACUGAAACUGAGCAGAUAAUUAAACAAUGGCUAAGAUCUGCAGGAGAUAGGGAAGGCGGAAGAGAUAGAAGAAGGAAAGAGCAUUCAAAUUAAGAAUCAGUUACUUUUUGUAUGUUGAGUCGUUCAUUUAUUUGUGUUUUUUCUCAAAAGUUUAUUUGAGAAUGGAUUUGGUGUCCAUUUCCAUAUUAAAUCAUUUGAUGUAUUCAAAUUAGGAUUCGGUUACUUUUCUUGUAUGUUGUUCGUUCAUUUAUUUGUAAUUUUUCAAUAGCUCAUUUGAGAAUGGAUCUGGUGUCCAUUUCCAUAUUAAAU